AAAAAAAAAAAAAAAAAUGGCAUUCAAUGUGCUUAACAUAACAUUGGCAACGAGAUUAUCGUGCCAAUGAAAUUCUAAACAUAAUCGCACGUUUAAAACGCCAUGACGACUUUGCAAGCCUCUUGAGAUUUUUUUUAUUUUAUCUUUGGCUCUGGCCAAUUUUAGUACAUCAAAUUGUGCCUCUUUCCACAGCACUUUUGUUUUUCUCCGGCUGCCUCGGCCUCCUCCCGCCUAAACUUCCAAUCCUCUCCGAAUAAUCAAGUAGCUUAAGUCGAUCACAAUGUCGCCCACCGAUGCAAGCCCGCCAUUUCGGCAUGCCCUGCUCGCGGGAGCCCUCGCUGGCACUACAGUUGACAUGAGCCUGUUCCCACUCGACACCCUGAAAACACGCCUUCAGUCAUCGGCCGGCUUCUUCCCCUCUGGCGGCUUCCGUGGAGUCUACAAGGGCAUCGGCUCAGCAUUUUGGGGUUCCGCACCUGGCGCCGCCCUCUUCUUCGUCACCUACGAAGGAAUCAAGUCAUCCAAGGCACUGUCGUCACUCUCGUCGCCCACCACCGGCAACCCGGCCGCCACUCACAUGCUGGCGGCGUCCCUGGGUGAGAUCGCUGCGUGUGCGGUCCGCGUCCCGACAGAGGUGGUCAAGCAGCGUGCACAGGCUGGUCAGCACGGCGGGCGUAGUAUGGCGGCGCUGGCAUCGAUCCUGGCGACGAGGCACGGCGCCGGUGGCCUGGUUGGUGUCUGGCGCGAGCUGUACCGCGGCUGGGGCAUCACCGUCUUCCGCGAGGUGCCCUUCACCGUGAUCCAAUUCCCGCUGUGGGAGGCACUCAAGGCUUGGGGCCGUGACCGGCGCGACCGUGGCGUUACGAUAGGCGGGCCGCAGCCGGACGUCGGCGCCGCCGAGAGUGCGCUGUACGGGAGUGUUAGUGGCGCUGUUGCCGCUGCCGUGACAACCCCGCUUGACGUACUCAAGACGAGGGUCAUGCUCAGUCGCGAGAGGGAGGGCGUGCUUUCUAUUACCAAGAACAUACUGCGCGAGCAUGGUGUCAAGCCCUUCUUCAGUGGCAUUGGGCCAAGGGUUGCCUGGAUUAGUGCUGGUGGCGCCAUAUUCUUGGGAAGCUACCAGUGGGCCAUCAACUGCUUUGCCACGGGAACGCUGGCUGUACCGAUAUGAGUGGUUGUGUCAUUGAUGACUACCUACCUAGUCAGUUGAGGGGCUGUGAUGACGAGAAAGAGCAUUCUGGUUUUUAUGAUCCCUUUCGGCAAGUCUUAAUAAAAACCGACAGGUUUUUAAUGUAUUAUACUGUUGGCCUGGACUACUUUGUACGAUAUUAGACGGAUUUUAUAGAUAGUGAUACCACGAUAUAGACGAUGAGCAUCUCACCCUAGCCAAACACUCACAACUUGACAGGCAGCCACAACGGCCCAAGGGUCGG